UAAACCGGUUUUGUCACUUUACAUUAAUUUGGCGGUAAUGCUACUCUUUGCCGACCCCAAACCCCCUUUCAAAAGUCUGGUGAUUGUUGUGAAAACGUAGUUUUGCUUAUGCAACUUUGUUCUUAGGACACCAGAAAAUGUUACUCCAUCUGCUCAAAUCCACUUUUCAUCAGCGAAAGAUAUGAACUUCACUUUCUGAAAACUAAAAAACAGAAACGAUAUGACUUCAUGAUCAUAUACCCAAAUGUCUCUUUUGUUUCGUCUUACUUCAAAGGUCGCGUCUUUAGCCAAAUCAGGUCGCAUAGCCACCGCCCGCCAGGUGUUCGACGAAAUGCCUGAAAGAGACACCGUGUCGUGGAACACAAUGCUAACGAGCUAUUCCCGGUUAGGUCUACAUCAGGAAGCUAUUUCGAUGUUCGCCCACUUGAGAUUCUCCGAUUCCAAGCCUGAUGGUUAUUCAUUUACAGCGAUCUUGAGCACUUGUGCGAGUCUACGUGAUGUUAGAUUAGGAACACAGGUUCACUCUCUAGUGAUCCGGUCUAGCUACGAUGCUUCAUUGGAGGUGAACAACUCUCUUAUUGAUAUGUACGGUAAGUGCUCUGACACUCUCAGCGCUAACAAAGUGUUUAGAGAUAUGGGCAAUGGUGUUAGAAAUGAAGUAACUUGGUGCUCUCUUUUGUCUGCGUAUAUGAGUUCUGGAGAGUUUGAAUCUGGCGUUGAUGUUUUUGAUGAAAUGCCGAAAAGGGUUGUGUAUGCGUGGAAUAUAAUGAUCUCUGGCCAUGCCCAGUGUGGAAAGGUUGAAUCUUGUUUAAGUUUAUUCAGAGAGAUGUUGCUGGAGAGUGAGUGUGAACCGGAUUGUUACACGUUUAGUUCUCUGAUGAACGCUGCUUGUGGUGGUGAUUCAUCGAAUCUUGUUUAUGGACGGAUGGUUCAUGCUGUUAUGGUGAAGAGCGGGUGGGACUCUGCGGUUGAGGCGAAGAACUCCGUGUUGAGUUUCUACGCGAAAGUAGGAUGCAGAGAUGAUGCAAUGAGAGAGUUCGAGUCUAUUGAAGUCUUGACUCAGGUAUCUUGGAACUCUAUUAUCGACGCGUGUAUGAAAACAGGAGAUACAGAGAGGGCUCUUGAGGUUUUUCAGCUAGCUCCUGAGAGAAAUAUCAUUACUUGGACUACAAUGAUUGCAGGGUACGGUAAGAACGGAGAUGGAGAGCAAGCACUGAGAUUUUUCGUUGAGAUGAUGAGAUCUGAAGUGUAUUCUGAUCAUUUUGCGUAUGGUUCCGUUCUUCACGCGUGUUCAGGAUUAGCUCUUUUAGGACAGGGGAGAAUGAUACACGGUUGUUUGAUCCAUCGUGGCUUUCAAGGCUAUGCUUAUGUUGGUAACGCUUUGGUUAAUUUGUAUGCUAAAUGUGGAGAUAUCAACGAAUCAAACCGUGCGUUUAGUGAUAUAGGUAACAAAGAUUUGGUCUCUUGGAACACGAUGAUUUUCGCGUUCGGUGUGCACGGGUUAGCAGAGGAAGCUCUAAAGCUCUAUGAAGACAUGAUAGCGUCAGGGACUAAACCAGACAAAGUUACGUUCAUUGGGUUGCUGACAACUUGCAGCCAUUCAGGACUUGUGGAGGAAGGAUGCGCGGUUUUUAAAUCAAUGGUUAAGGAUUAUGGAAUCUCAUUGGAAGUAGAUCAUGUGACAUGUAUGAUAGAUAUGUUUGGGAGAAGUGGACAUCUAGCAGAAGCAAAGGAGUUGGCUACAGCUUAUAAUAGCUCGUGGGAAGCUCUUUUGGGUGCUUGUUCUACGCAUUUGGAGACAGAGUUAGGAAAUGAAGUUAGUAAAGUCCUGAAGAUAGCGGAGCCAAGCGAGGAGAUGAGUUUUGUUCUGUUGUCAAACUUGUACUGCUCUAGUGGGAGGUGGAAGGAAGCAGAAGAUGUGAGGAGGGAGAUGGCUGAACGAGGCAUGAAGAAAACGCCUGGAUGUAGCUGGAUUGAAGUAGGAAACCAAGUUUCAGCUUUUGUAGUCGGUGACUGUACUUCACACCCACGCAUUGAUGAGCUUUCUGAAACUUUGAGAUGGCUUCAAUAUGACAUGAGAAACCCUGAAACGUUUGGACCUUGAGAUGACGCAGACACAUACACUAUUGUAUCAGUAAUAAUAAGCAAAUGAAGCAGAGAUGUAGCCUUCUUUUCAUUAAGAACAUGAAGCUGUGUUAACUUCAAAUUAAUUCGUUAACACAAACAAGCAGUGUGGUACAAUCAAAACAAACAAUGUC